AUGCGAUGUGUACGGAAGUGGGCCUCGCACCACCCACAAACCCGUCUCAAAUUGAGUCCAGACAACGCGAAGGGUGGGUGCAUGCGUGUUUGGGGGUGUGCGCGGCGAGGCGACGUUGAUGUUUGGUCUGAAACCGAGCCGCAUGCGUCCCGGAAUGGCGGCAACAAUAACACCGGCGAGAACAUCAAAGAACGCGCCAACUCCACGAGUCUGGCGUUACUUUGCCCCAUAACAGAUCUUCCACCGUGUGUGUGUGUGUGUGUCGACGAGAGCAUCCAUCAAUUCCUUAUGGACGCACACCCCUUCGACACAGACAUACUCGGCCAGGGUCAAAGUCUCGUAUCACCGAGGUUUUUGUUAGUUACCAUGGCAACAGACGCCACGGUUGCCCGUCUGUUCAAAACUAUCGAGAAACGCGAACACCCUGGGAAGUGA